AUGAAGACAUCUACGGCAGAGGAGGUCUUGGGGACACAAGGAGACCCCGUUUUGACAGGGGCGGCCAUAGCACACCGUGGCGACACCGCCAGGCAACUCACCACAGAACGGCGACAACGAAAACACAACUCCCCUACAUCGUCACACGACAACAACGAUAACAACGACAAACGGGUGAACUCAACCAAGAAACGUCUCCCUGGCCCAGAAAUCCUUGAUGGCGCGGGGAGAACCUGGGACGAGAGAGAAUACCAUCACGGGAACCUACGCACAGCGUCGGCAGCGGCGGCGGUGACAGCGGUCGUGCCAGGGUCCCCACCGAAACAGACCCCGCUUCACACUGCCAUGUACGGAUUUUUCAAGCAAGAGAAGAAGCACCAUCCACCGCAGCAGCCCCCUAGCACGGCCCUCCAACGGCUUCCCGGCCCCAGUGAUGAAGACGGCUCGAGCAGCAGCACGAGCGCGUUCUGGUCCACGAACACCCCUUCUUCCGCCACGUACGUCUCGCCCGCCAGGAAAAGUCUGGUAGCCGAGCAUAAUGCUGGCAAAAUCGGCGAGGCUUCCUCGGCGGCGCCUAUAACGGAUGCGGUUGGACUGCCCAGUCCAGGCAGAAUGCCUCGGGCAAUGCCGUCGCCGCCGUCUAGUGCUGCUGAAACGACGCUGCCGCCGACAUCGGGAGAUGUCAACAACACACCAAACAUCGCUGAAAGGGCAUGGGCUCCGUCGCCAACGUCGAACUCCCGUGGCUGGGCUGGUGGCAGCCCAUCAUCGGCAACAACGGCGAGCGAGGCCGCGUCUAGGACACCAUCGCGAACACCUCGCGCUGCCCCUUCGCGCUUUCGGACAACCGAAUGGAGUGCCCCCACCCCGAACACCAGCGGCCGAGGAAUCGAGACACCACUCCCGACUUCAAGAGGUAAUGGCGAAUCCGUGGCCUCGCCACCAACCGCAAGACCAACCGAGCCACCAUCACCCAAGGGCACGGAGGCGCGACCUGCGCCAAGCCCUGCGGGAGUGAGGCGUGAGGCGGCGGCCUGGAGCGGAGCGGACGAAGAGGUUGGGAGCAUGCCACCAACAGCGGGCUUCCGCGGUCAACAGUCGACCAUGUCUGGGUCGAGCAGCUUCACGUCGAGUCUAGCCGUGGGAGGAACACCCCUUGCAGCUUCAUCGAGACAGCCGUUUCUCAGCGGGGACGACGGCGACCGCAAUGUUGCCGCGCCGACCUCCCUUCCGGCGUCACUCACCGGCCCUCCCGUUUCGGUAGGAGUUCCUAUACCGAGUCCAACCAUGGGAGGAGGAAGGGGAGAAGAAGAGGAGGGAGAGGAGGGAGAGGGCAUCAGUAGUGCUCUACAGCCAAGUUCAAUCGAAGCUUCGCCAGCACCUACCCUUCCGACUGGGUCGAGCGCAACGUCUACGACGCCGACACUUACCGGGUUCCACGCAGGAUUCCCGACUAACAGCCCGACGGAGAGGACACGUGGCAUUAGUUUCACGCCUUCACCCGCCUCAAGCUCGUCAACAGCAACCGUGGAUGGAGCUGGGCAAGAGGAGAGCGAAGAACACAGUGAAACUUCCUAUCCCAGCAGCCUGGUCUUUACAGCACCGCCGUCGACAGGAGGGAAACGGGAACGUUCAUACGCACCUACUUCGUUUCCCCAUUCGAGCCCCGCCAAUACAGCAUCGCCGACUGCGCCAUCAAUGGAGGAAACCCGAGGCGUGGCAUUCUCACCCGCACCUACACCUUACCCUGACCCGAGCACGGAAACUACGUCAUCGGACGGUUACCCGUCCGCACCUACAUCUUCUCCUCACCCAACGGAAGCCUAUAUUACAGCAUCGCCGACGGCGUCUUCGAUAGAGGAAACCCGAGGCGCAGCGUUCUCAUCGGCACCUUCCUCGUACCCUGACCCGAGUCCAGUCAUUACGUCACCUUACCCAACCGAGGCCUUUUUUACAGCAUCGUCGACGAGGGAUUCGAACGGAGAAAGUCAAGAUGGUGUAUCCUCGCCGGCACCUACAGCUACUCCCUAUCCUGCGCAAGAUUCUUCGUUAGCACCAACAACGACACCCACAGCAGGGAAUCGAGGGAGCUUAUCAUCGUCCACGCGUACACAAUCUCCGGAAACGAUUCCUGAUUCUAAAGAAUAUCCAAGUUCAAGUCCGCCUGUGGGAGAUGAAGGUGGAGAUGUCUUAUUCGCGCCCAGUAUACCUCCCGAACUUGGUUCCAUAUUUCCAGCAUCAUCAGCACCUGCGUUAUAUCCUGAUCCAAGUCGAGCUUCAACGAUGUCUCCAACGGCGAGUCCGACAGGAGUGGGAAGUCAAGGUGAAGAUGUCUCGCUCGGGCCCACUACAUCUCCCGAUAUCGAUCCAGCACUGCCAGCAUCGUCAGCACCUACGUUAUAUCUUGGCCCAAGCCGAGCGUCGACGAUGUCUCCAACGGCGAGUUCGACAGGAGCGGGAAAUCAAGGUGGCGAUGUUUCAUUAGCGCCCACUACAUCUCCCGACGUCGGUUCAGCAUUGCCAGCAUCGUCAUCGCCUACGUUACAUCCAGGCCACGCUUCAACGAUGUUUCCGACGGCGAGUUCGACAGGAGUGGGAAAUCAAGGUGGUGAUGUCUCAUCCGCGCCCACUAUACCUCCCGACGUCGGUUCCGCAUUGCCAGCAUCGUCAGCACCUACGCUAUAUCCAGGCCGAGCUUCAACAAUGUCUCCGACAGCAAGUUCGACAGGAGGAACGCAACAAGAAUUUUUCUUGCCGGCUCCUUCUCCAUAUACUCCCAGCCCCACCGUUGGCGGGCGUGGGGGCGCGGGGGACCGAAUUUGGUCAACAGGCUCUCCUACCAGUUCUCCCACAUUCCAAGGGCGAAAAAAGGUCGUUGAUCAACUUUGGCCAACAACCGCCCCCACCGACGUCGCCACAGCCCACGUGCCAACCCUUCCAUGGCUGAAAGAGUCACGAGAUGGUUUGGGAGUCGUUCCAUUCCGUUCUUUAGGGAACCAACUCUAUUCUGCCUCUACACGAAAUGGCGUCUGGAGAAGCCAAGGCACCCCCAGUUCAGCAGACUACACCCGUGCUCUUGAAAAGGAAAAUAAUGAAACUGGGUCGCCAACGACGAGCCACCAUGCACGCGGAACAGAACAAACAGAACGUCCGUUUUCAGCAGCCUAUUGGCCAAUGACGUCAUCGUCGUCACCCACUUCGGCACCAACAUCAUCACCGUCGCCAUCACCGUCCAAAGACAGCGACUACGCUUCUCAAAGACCACUGUUCUCCUCGGCUUCAACAACGGCUGAUGGUCAAGAAGACCCGCACCUCCUAAGUUUUGCACCCACCUUGGCCUCCAGCUCGCCGGGUAACCGCGGGUUUGAGUUCAACACCGCUUCACCUACGUCUUCUCCAAGCGUUUCCUCGACGGCCACCGCAAGUGAGAGCGGCUGGAGUUACAUCGAACAGGAUCAGCGGACGACGGGCUUCCCCACGACUUCCCCUAGUACCACCCCCGGCAAAACAGCUGCGCCUACAUCUCCGGUGUCGACACCGAGAAGCGACGAAGACGGUGUCUCGACACCAACGCCUACACGAGUUUCGGGUUCGGGAAGAGAGGACACCCCUCCCCCCCCGCCAGCCUUGUUCCAAACCCUAAUGCCUACAGCGCCCUCCUCUUCUUCCGGAACGCCAGAGCAAGGCGAGCGCGGCAUUGGCAGCGACAGUGAUGGCGAAAGGAACGAGAUCUUCUCGCCGUCGGGAGCUCCUACUCCCUCAAUCGCUUCCGACGGAGGUCUUGAUCGUGAGGAGGGUGGCAUUCCGACCACCCCCACGGCGACCCCUGCCCCGACUCAUCACGACGAGGACCUGUGGUCGUGGUGGUUCCAGACCGGCGGUCAGCGCAGGGAUCGAGGGCAUGCGCUUGUGAACGGGGUGGGCGGAAACGCGAGUCGGCGGUACCUUGUGGGUGCGGAAGACGGAGUUGUGGCCUCGGACUCUGUAGCCUCGGCGGGCUCCGCCGCGGAGGAUAUCGCGCUGUGCGCCGAUGCUGGCGAGGGUUGGGUGGCCAUCGCCGGCUACACCACGGGCAGCCUCUACUCUGAUAGCGCCGGUGGAGACGAUGCGUUUCUGGUGCUAUUGGACCCCGACACCGGGGAUGCUCUUGGGGGCUGGCAGUUCGGCGGGGAGGGCUCGGAGCGCGUGUAUGCCUUGGGCUUGGACCAAGACAGCGGGGACGUUGUCGUCGGGGGUUUCACGACGAGUUCGCUCUUCGCCACGAACGAUGAUGCUGUUUCCCAGUACUUCCUGGCGCGCUUGGACACGGGCAAACUCCUGCUCUCGCCCGGGCGGUUGGACCUAGCCGAUGCGGGAAGCGACGUGGUGGUGUGGGGGUGGCAGUACUCGGCGUCUGCUGAUCUCGAGGCCAUUGUUUCCCUGCGAGUCAACCCCGGUACCGGCGUCGUGACGGCUUUGGGCAUGAGGGGGUUGCCGGCAGACUGGAGCCCACGCGACACGGAUUUCGUCCCCGAAGACGAUGAUGAGCUGCAUUCUUCGGUGUUCUCGCUCGAGCUUGAGACCGGUGAUCUUUUCCGGAACUCGACCGAAGAGGAGGGUCUCGCGGCGGCUGUGGCGGUAGACGAGGGUACUGAUGACGCCUAUGUUGCGAGCUUCACUCGCUCGGCUGACAAUAACGACCGGGUCGUUGUGUACAAGGUUAACGUCAGUAACGGAGGCAUGAUGUGGAGCUACCAAGCGACUUCUGAGGGUGUGUUCGAGGGGAGGGCUCUAGCGAUAGACACUGUCGGGGACAGCGAUGAGAUGGUCAUCGUGGCUGGAACGACAGGCGGCACCAGCGCCCAUGGAAGCUAUGGCUCAACGGAUGCCUUCGUGCUGUUACUGGGCGCCGACAACGGGUCCGAGAUAUGCUACUACCAGGCCGGCACGAGUUUCGCCGACGUUGUUACCGGGAUUACCGUGGAUAGCUCCUCGACAGCGUACUCCGAUGUGACACUUGGGGGUUACACUGAAGGGUCCCUGGCUGGUCUGAAUGCGGGCGAGGUCGACAUGUUCGCCAUUGGCGUGAGGCUCGCAUCGCUCUGCCCGGACGUCAGCAGAUCUACGUCCUCCGCCGCCGAAAUUGAGGGUUCCUUCGCGGCCGGAACGAUUUCAAUCCUGGCAGGCGUCGCUGUCGCCGGCGCCGUCGUGAGCACCAUCGUCGCGCCCGGUGCCGCCGUAGCUUCCGCUACGGCAGCCGCGGGGGCCAGCACGGCUGCUGCUGCCGCUGCUACUGCCGGGGCUGGGGCUGUUACGACUACCGCCUCCACCUGUCCCAAGGCAGGUGCUGCAGGCGUGGGCGCGCUCGUGACAAUCCUUUCGGCCGGGCAUGGUGCUGGUGGCUUGGUAGGCAACACGCCGACACCCGGAGAGGCGUCGUUCCGCAGCCCUUCGGCAUCCAUUGGCCUCCUCAUGAUGACGCAACUGCAAUUUCUGGCGACCCUGUCCCUCGUGCAGAGCGUCCACGACUCUGCGUCCUCCCUUUCGUCGUUCGUGGAAAAUCUCAGAUGGGUGAAUCUGUGGCUUCCGAUGCCCUCUAGCUUGAGUCCGAACUCGUGCGAGAUAGCGGAUGCACAGGACCUCAUUGACGAGGGUGUUUUCUUCGGCAACACCACACUCGUGCUUGCUAUCCUGCUAGGGAUCUUCUUGAUCCAUGUUGGGGCAGUGUCGGCCGUCGAAGCUUACUGGCUUGCCCAGGAUCGCGCUGCCGCCGCACUAAAGUCUGCGCGACAGAUGUACAGAAUGUCUGCGGCGGAUCUCGACCGACGGGUGUCGGCCAGUGGUCGCGGCCGAUUCUCGGCGGUAGCGAACGAUCCGAGCAACGGCACAAAUGGGGCACCUCCGAGGAGGGGGCCCCUCGAUGACUUGAUCUCCUUCGGGGAUCUAGAAGAGGAUGCGAGGUCGAGACCAUCGUCCCCCGCACCGGCAUCUAGUGUAGGGUCACCGCGUUGUAUGUCACCCGGGGGGAGGCUGAUUCGACACUGUCCGAACGGGUCUCCCGCUUCUCGCACCUCUGGCUGUGCCGACGGUCUCCCCUCCGGCACUGAGAGAAACUCGAACGGUGGUUGGUCGCAGCCGAACAACAGGGCGGAAUGGGCGAACUCCCAAGAACCGAUGCAGCAGCAAGGCCGUGUGGCCUCUAUACCCAGAAGCCACCACGGCGAUGAAUGGUCUUCCACCAACGAGUCGGUAUCGCCUACGACCAAAUCGCUCAAAGACGGUACGGUGUGGUCGCCGGCAGGACGAGCGGGGCGAACCCUCACGCCCCCCGGCCGUAGCAGCCUGACAAAAAGGUGCAGCGACAAGGGAGGAGGGUCGCUACCAGGUAGUCCAACUCGCGACGGAUAUCGCUACGGCAGGACGCACCAAUUGUACCCCAACCAGUCAGCCGUCUCGUCAGUAAGAUCGGCCUCUCCCCGUUCGCUACCCUGGGACAGCCCCACCCGAGACUUCACGGGCGCACCGGCCGCCUACCGAGUGUCCAGAGUGACCCAUCGACACGAAGUAGACAUAUCUGGGAGUGGAUACAGCAAUCAGGACAGAGGCAGUGGGGGUGGCGAGCCACUUGUGGGUCUUCUUGGCAUGGCCAGCGUGUUGUCGACCUCAGUAGAUACGGCAGCAGGGGUCGUGCCGGAAGUUAUGAGCGCAGGUACGCCAUCGCUCCAGCAACGGUCGGCGGCCGUAAUCAGCGACAGCGGCAGCGCUUUUGGCGACGUGAUGGUGGCAUAUUCGAGCGUUGUUGUUUCGAAGGAUGGCCUCGACGGUGGCGGUGGUGGUGAUGGCGUUCGUCGCCCCCGAGACGACAACUGUGCGGGAGAUAAAAACAGCUCAGAAACUCCUCGAUUGUUUGAAAGGUGA